AUGAGACAUAAAAAUGAAAUAAAUGCUCUCUAAUAUGGAAUCAAUCUCGAAAAGUAUAAUUAUAUCUUAUUAAUAAUUUAGAUUGCUCUAAAAUAUCAAAAAAUCAAAAAAGAAUUAGAAAUCUAAUAAAAUAUGGAUAGAUUAACUUUUGAAGGAUAAUUCAAAAAUAUAGGUAGUUCGAAUUAAAGUGUUUUUAUGA